AUGUCUCACAGUUUUCCGUGUUUUUAACAUCGAUUUUGAGGGUUUCAAAAAGUGUUUUAUGCUAAAACAGAAUUCCGUGUUUUACCACACUAUAUAUUGACUUUAUUUGUAAAAUGUCAACGGUUUGAGGUAUUGUUAUUUUUUAACGUUUUUGGAAGAAAUCGCUCCACCUUAAACAGAAUCGAAGCCACCGCUCAUGCAGGGAUAUAUUUUUUUCCUGCAUUGACGUCAGUGCAUACAACACAGAACAGAGGCUUUCUUCAUGUUUCUCGUGCUUCAGUCAGAAUGUAGACAGACGAUCAGACGAUGGUUGUGGGCUUAAAUCCAGCUGACUGCGACAACUACUGAUUUGCCGUCUAUUUAUCCGUGGGGACACACUGUCCGAAGAUAAACGCAACUCAACCACCGGUAAAGAAUUCAUAGUUGUGCAGAGUGCGGCCCGGGCAGGAGCCCACAACACCAAGCAUCAUGAUGGAGGGGGGCAUGCAGCUUCUCAACCGCGACGGGCACAGCAUUUCACACAACUCAAAGCGCCACUAUCAUGACUCAUUCGUGUCCAUGAACAGGAUGCGACAGCGGGGACUGCUGUGUGACAUCGUGCUUCACGUCUCCAACAAAGAAAUCAAGGCGCACAAAGUGGUGCUCGCAUCCUGCAGCCCCUACUUCCACGCCAUGUUUACCAAUGAGAUGUCUGAGAGCCGGCAGACCCAUGUGACCCUCCACGACAUCGACUCUCAGGCUUUGGAGCAGUUGGUCCAAUAUGCCUACACAGCAGAGAUCGUAGUCGGAGAAGGCAACGUUCAGACGCUGCUCCCAGCUGCAAGCCUGCUGCAGCUCAACGGGGUGCGCGAUGCCUGCUGCAAGUUCCUUCUCAGCCAGCUGGACCCCUCCAAUUGCCUGGGUAUUCGGGGCUUUGCUGAUACACACUCCUGCAGUGACCUGCUGAAGUCUGCGCACAAGUAUGUGCUGCAGCACUUUGUGGAAGUGUCCAAGACGGAAGAGUUUAUGCUCCUGCCACUCAAGCAGGUUCUGGAUUUGAUCUCCAGUGACAAUCUCAACGUCCCAUCUGAAGAGGAGGUUUACCGGGCCGUGUUGAACUGGGUGAAGCAUGACAUUGAUAGCCGACGCCAACAUGUACCCUGGCUGAUGAAGUGUGUGCGUCUGCCCCUCUUGAGACGGGACUUUCUGAUGAGCAAUGUGGACACAGAGCUGCUGGUGCGUCACCACUCAGAGUGCAAGGACCUGCUGAUUGAGGCGCUCAAGUAUCACCUGAUGCCCGAACAGAGGGGGGUCCUGAGCAACAGCCGGACGCGCCCUCGGCGCUGUGAGGGAGCCAGCCCUGUGCUCUUUGCUGUUGGUCAGUGUGCCCCUGAAGGUGGGGGUAGCCUGUUUGCCAUUCAUGGAGACUGUGAGGCAUACGACACCAGGACGGACCGCUGGCACAUGGUGGCGUCCAUGUCCACGCGGCGGGCACGGGUGGGUGUGGCAGCUAUAGGGAACAGACUAUAUGCUGUUGGCGGGUAUGACGGCACCUCAGACCUCGCCACUGUUGAAUCUUAUGAUCCCAUCACCAAUUCAUGGCAGCCUGAAGUCUCCAUGGGAACAAGACGGAGCUGUUUGGGGGUAGCUGUUCUGCAUGGCUUACUCUAUGCUGCAGGAGGCUAUGAUGGUGCUUCCUGUCUCAACAGCGCAGAGCGUUAUGACCCCCUGACCAGUACAUGGACAUCCGUGGCAGCCAUGAGUACCAGGAGGAGAUAUGUGCGAGUGGCCACUCUGGAUGGCAGUCUGUAUGCGGUGGGAGGUUAUGACAGCUCCUCACAUCUGGCAACAGUGGAGAAAUAUGACCCACAGAGCAACACAUGGACGACCAUUGCCAACAUGCUGAGUCGUCGCAGCAGCGCUGGCGUGGCCGUACUAGACGGCAUGCUGUAUGUGGCGGGAGGCAACGAUGGCACCAGCUGCCUAAACUCGGUGGAGCGGUUUAACCCAAAGACCAACACCUGGGAGGGAGUCGCUGCCAUGAACAUACGCAGGAGCACUCAUGACCUGGUGGCCAUGGACGGGUGGUUGUACGCUGUUGGGGGAAAUGACGGCAGUUCCAGCCUCAACUCGAUAGAAAAAUACAACCCACGGAGCAACAAGUGGGUGGCGGCCUCCUGCAUGUUCACGCGGCGUAGCAGCGUGGGUGUGGCGGUGCUGGAGCUUCUGAACUUCCCUCCGCCCUCCUCGCCCACCCUCUCUGUGUCUUCCACCAGCCUUUGACACGGGGUCAGCUUUUGGGUGACCUCAGCCUCCGAUGCUGCAGCCCAGACUGGCUCUGGGAAGAGACGCAACUGCUCAGUCUGACAGGUGGUGUUUGAGAGUGGACAGGUACAUGAAUGAUCUGCAUGAAUGAGGCUCCAGGCUUGGUACAGUACAGUCCAGAAUUAGUAAUCUAAAAAGAAAUGAUUAGAAAUCCUCCUUUACGUAAAGCCUCCUUUUCCUGUAUGUGGCUGCUACUUCUACCAUGCUGCUGUAUAUUCUGAACUGCUCUGUACCUUUGUUCUGGUCUGGAGGCAUGGGUACAUGGGGUUAGUCCAGAGAUAUCAGCUUUUACUUUCUUAAAGCUUUAUUUCUUCCCCCAUUGCUUUUUCACACAGAAAAGUGGAUCUAAAACAGUCUUUUUUAUGUUUUUCUCUUCAAGAUCAUUCUUUGAUAUGUGACGUUUUCGCAGAUGAGGGUGAAAGAGACACUGAAUGGCUUUACUGUUUUGGAAUGUGGCUUUUUCGUGUUUGUGCAAUGCAUGUUUACUCUUAAGACGAGAAAUGUUGUAGUACUGCAAUGUCACACUAGGUGGCAGUAACUGGCAAUGUUAAAAACCUUUCCUGGCUGCAGAUUACAGACUCCAAGCGAGGCCCAGAGUGUAAAUUAUUAUUAUUUUUUUUUAACAUGAAAACACAAUUAUGUUGGACUAUAUGUAUUUAUAAGAUGUAAUAUAUGCUGUUUUAAAAAAACAUAGAGAAGGAAACUAUUUAAAAGUGUUUUUAUUAUAUUGUGUGGCUUGCACAUCGUCAAUGGAACGAUAGAUGCAGAGUUGGCUUUAGAGGGGCGACGGCUGACUGUGAGUGCAUCUUAACACACGAACACUGGUGCAUUUUUUAGAGCAUUGCAGUGUCGGUGUGAAGAGGUCGCAUCCGGUCUGUGGAGGUUAAGCGCACUGAUGGCUGCAUUGUGAUGUGCAGCAUCUCUUUUCUUUCCUUACUGUUUUGUUCACUGCCAGGAGCAUGACCUCACAUGAACACGUGUACCUUCAAUCUGCUGCAUUUGACACCGGAAAGCCUGUUGAUAAUUCAGUGACAUGACUCGGUUAUGUUAGGUUUUGAUUCAAAAUUAGAAAAAACAGUUACAUUGAUGAAAUCUUGCAGCUUCACCGCAAGAUGAAACUUUGGUUUACAAAUACUUGACUGUAGUUUUAUUGCAUUCAUUUUUCCAUUUGUAUUACCUUGUUGUCAAAAGAGAUUCAGGUCUUUAAAAAAAACCCAAAGAGAAGGUAGUAAAUGUUUUCAUUCACUUCUGCAGUCAGUGGGGCAUGUAUAUGGUGGACCAGGAGACUCUUUUUGUUGUUCAGCACUUUUGAGUAGUAAACACAGAGAUUAAUAAACACAAUUCCAAUUCAACAUGUUAUUUACUAAUAAAUUACCAGCAAAUUCCACUUUUUAACAGCAUUUCAAAGGAGGAAUUACAUUUGUCAUUAAUAAUCAAUCAAUUAAACAUUUUGAUUUAAAAAUCUAUUCGGAAAUACAAUUUAUAAAAAAAAGGAAAUAAAUUGGGUAAUUAAACUAACUAAAUUAACUAAAACAACCUAAUUAUAACUCACUAUUGAUAAGCUAAAGUGUUGACCUUUUCCAUUUAGGUUGGCACUUUAGGUGCUUGAGCAGAGAGGAAAAGAAAUCAGCUCCUUGAAUGGUGUAACCAGCUCUCUGAUUGGCUGGACUGCAUGACGUUUACCUCUCCAGGUAAAAGGAGGAAUUAUGUGAUAAAGUUUCUUUUUUUUAAUACAUUGCAUUUCAAGAAACAUUUUCUAAUCACAAUGUUUAAUAAUCCAUAAUGAAGAUUACUGCAAAUGCAUUUUAAAAUGUGGGAAAUCAAAAGACUUUGUAAUUAAAUCUAUUGGAAAUUGUAGUUGUUAAUUUUUUAAUUCAUUUCUCAACUACUGAUCAUCAAAAGGUUGUAUUACUAGUUCAAAUACACUCCUGUUCUUUCAUAUGCAUAAUUAGUAGAAAUCCCAAGUGAAACCUGCAUUAACUAUUUAAAAACAAAAUCCUCUGUUGGUGGAUAUUUUGUGGGUCCAGUUCAUGUGCAGUGAGACCAUUUCAAACUUCUGAGAAGUUGCCUUUUCUCCUUAUUUUGAAGGAUUCAGUUGAUAUUAUUCUGUGUUUUUUUUCCUUUUGCUCUGAAACAAAUAAAAGGUUGUGUGCAAAGGAGGGAUGUGGCAGAGCUGUGAUGGCCUUAUUGACAUGCCAGGGGGCAGGGUGCCAUGUCAAAUCAGAAGGUGUGCAAAACUAAUAAAGCCGGCAUCCGUUCUGUGGGUUGAAGAGUCACAGCUUAAGUUAUCCUCAUCGUGCAAUUUCAACGCAACUGUAGCUUUUUUUUCUGUUUGUGGUAAAUGUGGUGAUACCUGUUUAUUUAUGAUGUUUGUUAUUUAUGACUUUAAAAUGUUGUAUUUUGCACUAUUGUGAAAUGGAGCAAUACCAUAAGACAUGAAAUAAAACGGAUUUCAGAUCUGACAA